AAUACUCGCAGUGCGCGUGCGCACUAGAGUCAGCCAGGUUGAAAGUUAUAUCAGCAGCUGUUUGACAGCAGAGAGCGCGCAUGUGUUUACUGUUGCGUUGACACCCACACCAUCAGGAGCGAUUUUAGAGAAUAGAAGGUUUUGUCCAGAUUGAUCAUGAAGAUUGCUGUACUUGGCGCGACUGGUCAAACCGGGCUGCAGCUGGUGAAUCAGGCUCUCCAGCAGGGACACUCAGUCACGGCCAUCGUCAGAAACCCGGGAAAACUGACGGUAAUGCACGAGAACCUCAAGGUGGUUGAAGCAGACAUUUUCUCAGAAGACAGCCUGAAACCGCACUUCAAAGGUCAGGAUGCUGUGCUGUCCUGUCUUGGCUUUCCAAUCUCGUUUUUUUAUGGAGUCACUGGCUACACCCAGUCUAUGAAGGCAGCAUUAAAUGCAAUGCGUGAAGUCAAAGUCAAUCGAAUCAUCACCAUGACCUCAUGGUACACUGACCCUAAUUCAGCCAGCAAUUCUUCCUAUCUCAUCCGCUUCAUGCUGCUUCCCAUAAUUAGAAGUGUUCUGAACAACAUGUACGAAAUGGAAAACUUUCUUAAGCAGAAUGAAGACAUCAACUGGACUGUUGUCCGGCCGCCAACUCUCAAGAAUAUACCAACGACAGCCAAUGAGUUCCUCACUCAUGAAGGCUAUUAUGUCCCUGAUGAAAAUGGUCUGCCAAUCGGCCCAUCUGUGUCGAGAGGAGAUGUGGCUCGUUUCAUGCUCUCUCUACUCAGUAACAAUGCUUGGAUGAAGAAAGCUGUUGCUAUCAUCACCAAAUGAGGUUGCACUUCACUUAUAUCACUACAUUUUUAUCACUUGCCAAAGAGCUUUUAAUUGUUUCAUUUAAAUUGGUAAAACAUUUUACAUUUUAAAUCACACUACAGCAGUUCUGGCUUAUGGUCACAUAGCAGUCGGCAAAGACUGUUAGACUAGCAGAUAAUAUGCUAAUAAUAUGUUUGUCAUAUACAUAUUUUUCAUAUAUUGCAAAGGAUUUUAAGGGGUUUCUCAAUACCAAAGUAAUGUUAGCAGAAUUGCAAGAAAAAAUAAUUAAUAAAACCCAACAUUUCGAACAAUUUGUGAUGUAAAUGGGUAGUGAAAUGACAGUGAAGAGCAAUGAAAUAACAAUUAGCUGCAUGCACUCUUUUCUUCUCAAACAUACUGUAUAUGAAAUGUGAAAUUAAAUGUAAACUAUAUUUUUAACAAAGAAACUUUUACUCAUUUGUAAUCAUUAUUAAUUUACUAAUAUCAAGCCUUUAUGCACAUUUGUUUAUGACACAAAAUGCAUUGUGUUGUCCUUUCCAACUUGUCUCGUUAAACUUUUCACAAUAUUUUACUGACAAAACAUAAACAUCAUUAGGAAAAAUUCAGUUCUUGACUUUCUCAACUAUAAUUCUGUCUAGCACUGUAUUUUGCAUGCACUUCAGAGGGUCUGUUGUUAUUAAUUUCUUUGUAUUGUUUUUUUAAAGCAUUUUAUGUAUUAACUAUCUAUUGAUAUAUAUACAUUUUUUACAGUGCACUAUUUACAGAUUUACCAGUUUUACAGUUGAUAUGGAGUUUAUACAGAUUUUACACUACAUAAUUGAAUGUUCAGGUUAAAAUUAUGGUUACAUUUGAAUGUUAAAUAGUACAUAUGUGAUCCUGGACCACAAAACCAGUCAUAAGUAGCACAGGUAUAUUUGUAUCAACAGCCAACAAUACGCUGUAUGGGUCAAAAUGAUCUAGUUUUAUUUUAUGCCAAAAAAGUAAAGAGUAAGAGUAAUAAAGAGUGUUAAGUAAAGAUCAUGUUCCAUGAAGAUAUUUUGUAGAUUUCCUACUGUAAAAAUACCAAAACUUAAUUUUUGAUUAGUAAUAUGCAUUGCUAAGAACUUUAUUUGGACAACUUUAAAUAUUUCCAUAUUUAGAUUUUUUUUGUUUUAUUUUGUUUUUUGCACCCUCAGAUUUCAGAUAUUCAAAUAGUUUUAUCUCGGCCAAAUAUUGUCCUAUCUAAACAAACCACACAUCAGUGGAAAGCUUAUUUAUUCAGCUUUCAGGUGAUAAAGCGUCCCGUAUUGUAUUUAUAUAUGUUAUAUAUAUAUGUUAAAUAGUAAUCAGCAUACUGCUUUUGCCCUACUAUUAAACACAUAAAUAUAAUCUAUGUAUGAAAAUGUAAAAAAGCAUUACUCAAGUUACUAAUAUCAAAAUAUCUUUAGAGAGGACCUGUAGUUCCUCCCAUUAACCACUACAAGGCUCUUCACAGUGCUAGAAGCCACUGCACGUACUGGUUUGCAUUUGGUGAAACAGCCAGUUCAGCAUGGACACACAGAAAUACGGUUUUUAGAACCAAUUACUUAGUGAAUGAUAACCUUCUCUGCCAUUAUUGCUGAUUGUGUUUUGUUGAGCAGGUGAAUGAAUUUAAUUAUUCUUUAAGAUGAAGAUGUAGUUUCCUAUGAAUGCAACGGGUGUGAACUGUCUGUAUUAUGACCACAUGAGCGCAGUGUUGCACAGUUUUUAAUAAACCGCUUACAUACCCUGCCUAUA